UAGGUCAAAGUUCACAGGCUGUCCACUCAAAAUGGCGGACGAGCCAGUACGUGAGUGGAACGACGAGCAGCUUAAAAGUGACGAUUUGCCCAAAAAAGACCUGAUCAAGUUCAUUCAGGACAAUGCGGCGCACUCGUUUCUCAACGAGCACAGAUUGCUGGGAAAUAUCAAGAACGUGGCAAAAACGGCCAAGAAGGAACAGCUCAUUGUCGCCUACAACGAGCUGUUUGCCAGUAACAGGUUUAAAGGCACAGAGCCGGUGGAAGAAGUGACCAAGCAGGUGAAAGCAGUCAAAAUCGAUGAGAAGCCCAAAGAGGUCAAGGUUGAAGUUGUGGAUGAGGGUCCGCCCAAGUUUACCAAAGCAACACUGAAGAAAGGCGACAAGACCAACUUCCCGAAAAAAGGCAACACGGUGAGCUGUUGGUACACGGGGACGCUGGAGGACGGCACCGUCUUUGACACCAACAUCCCCUCAGCGGCCAGAAAGAAAAAGCAAACCAAGCCGCUGAGCUUCAAAGUGGGCAUGGGCAGAGUCAUCCGAGGGUGGGACGAGGGCUUGUUGACCAUGAGCAAGGGCGAGACGGCCCGCCUGGAGAUCGAACCUGAGUGGGCGUAUGGGAAGAAGGGCCUCCCAGAAUCCAAAAUUCCACCCAACGCCAAGCUGAUCUUUGAGGUGGAGCUGGUGGCUGUGGAUUAAAGAUGAACGUUGGUAACCGGGAAUCCAAACUACGUAACCAUUUCGUUGUCAAUGUAAUUCCCUGCACACCCGAAAUAUCUUUUUGUUUGCAUAAAAUUUAACUUUUACAAACAAGA